GUGUUAUCAAUGAGUAUACCUUUUUUCAUCUUUUUUGUGCUUUCCUGGAUUUCGGCAGUCAUAACCUCUAAAAUUUAAGAAUCACCGUGUAUAUAUAUACAAUUUUCACGUGCCCCGCGCACCAGUCGCCGCCAGGAAUCGCAAUAUUACGAAAUUACUUUAGUUUUUCAGUAAUUUAGUCGGAACGACUACGUUACUCGAUAUUAUCCUAUAAGACACCGGCCUAACAUAAAACUAGGCUAAAAAAUUGUGCGCCGUGUUGUUUGGAGCACGUGAAAGUCAAUUGCGAGUUGAAAUCUGUCUGUAUUCCCAUACUUAUAUACGAGAGGUGCUCCAAACUCCGAAUGAUCAUGUUGCUGUCUAGGUUAGGGUUGGUAACAUCGAAAUUAUGCAAAAUAAACAGGACAAGUCUUUUGUUAUUGCAAAGGUAUAUGAGCAAAAAGUCAGUAGAUCUUGAAAAACCAAUUGAAUACUCAUCUUCAAGUGCUGCACAAUGGAAAGCAGAAUACACUAGGUCACCACCAUCUGAAAUGGUGUGGUACACCCCUUACGUAGUUAGUGGAAGUGUUGCAAUAUUUAUGUUAUAUUUUUGUGUUUUAAGAGAAGAAAAUGAUCUUGAUGAAAUGAUUUAUCAACCACUGCCAGAAACUCUACAAGGCAUUGAAAAAGCCUUCCCAAAUGUUGAUUUUUAUACAAAACCUGAUUAUGUGAAAUACCAUGAAGAUAGGGAAAAGGAGAGAAAGGCAAAACUACUUAGAUGAUUAACCUAAAUUGUCUCAAUAUUCUCAUCAUGUUUAAUUAAAUACUGACUAGUAUCAAGUUAUUAUUCAAUUUUUUUUAUUGUGUAAAUAUUGUAUUAGUUGAUAAAAUGUACAUAACACGUGUCCUUAGAGUUUAAUAAAAACUAUUCAAGUGAUAAAAAAAAGA